ACUUAUUAUAUUCAAAUAUCGAUUUUCGUUCUGUAUAAUAAUAAUAAAAAAAAAUGACUAAAGCAACACACAACUUUUUGGAUACAUUAGAUAUUAUAUUAUUAGGUACCAUUGGUCUUGGUACCAUUGCUUGGUUUACUAGACAUCAGAUUGCAGAAAAAUUAUUCAGGUCAAAUAAGCAAGAACCCGGAAAUCAAUCUAGCAACGAUGUCAAAACUAAUUCAACAAAGAAAGAGCGUAACUUUGUUAAAGUAAUGCAACAACAGGGACGAAGAGUUAUCUUUUUUUAUGGUUCUCAAACAGGUACAGCUGAAGAUUACGCAUCUCGUCUUGCAAAGGAAUGUUCACAAAAGUAUGGUAUUAGUUCAAUGACGGCUGAUAUUGAACAAUAUGAUCUAAGUUAUCUUGAUACUGUUCCUGAGGAUUGUCUUGUUUUCUUUAUUAUGGCUACUUAUGGUGAAGGUGAACCCACUGACAAUGCAGUUGAUUUUUGGGAUUUAAUUUCUGAUGAGCAACCUCAGUUUUCUGAAAAUGAAGAUGAAAGCACUCCUUUAAAAAAUUUGCGAUAUGUUGCGUUUGGUUUGGGUAACAAAACAUAUGAGCAUUAUAAUGCUGUUAUUAAAAAAGUGGACACACGCUUAAAUGAAAUGGGUGCAAAGAGAAUUGGUGAAUGUGGUGAAGGUGAUGAUGAUGGUUCAUUAGAGGAAGAUUUUUUAGCUUGGCAAGAGAAUAUGUGGCCUGCAUUCUGUGAUGCAUUAGAUAUUGAUGAAACAAAUACUCAAUCAGGUCCUAGACAGGCUACAUUUACUGUUGAAGAGUUAUCAAACUUUGAUGAAGCAAAGAUUUAUCUUGGUGAAUUAAGUGAAUGGCUUAAAGAGGGAGCUCGAGUUAUCUAUGAUGCUAAGCGUCCUUAUAAUGCCCCAGUUACUUCAAAGGAUUUAUUUAAUAGUACUGAUCGACAUUGUCUACAUAUGGAAAUUGAUAUUUCAAAUACUAACUUGACUUAUCAAACGGGUGAUCAUAUUGCUAUUUGGCCCACAAAUAAUGAGGUUGAAGUAGAAAGGUUAGCUAAGGUGCUUGGUUUAUCAGAUAAAUUAGACACAGCUGUUUAUAUUGAGGCUAUGGAUCCAGCUGCAUCUAAACGAUACCCAUUCCCUGUUCCUACAACUUAUCGUGCUAUCUUUCGUCAUUAUUUGGAUAUCUGUGCCGCUGUUCCCCGACAGACAUUAAUGUCGCUCAUUGAAUUUGCUCCUACUGAUCAAAUAAAAGAAACUUUACGCAAGUUAGCAACUGAUAAGGAUGAAUAUCGUAUUCGUAUAGGAGAUGUGACUCGUAACUUGGGAGAAGUCUUGGAAAUGUUAGCUGAGUCAGUAUCAUUGGAUUCAAACGGUACUUUCUCAGGUGUACCCUUUGACUUAAUUGUCGAAAGUAUCUCCCGACUUCAACCUCGUUAUUACUCUAUUUCAUCCUCAUCUAAGGAAUCUCCCAAGAAGAUUUCAAUUACGGCUGUUACACUUAAAUAUACACCUGAAUCUACAUCUUCUCGUACAGUCUAUGGCGUUAAUACGAAUUAUCUUUGGCGUCUUCAUGAAGCUAUGAAUGAACUUGAAACAGAUACAGAUGAUGUGCCUUUAUAUCACUUGUCAGGUCCUCGUCAUUGUUUAUUCGAUUCCGAAACCAACAUGGCUCGUAUCCCUGUUCAUCUUCGUCGUUCACAGUUUAAGCUUCCUAGAAACCCUACUGUACCCAUCAUCAUGGUGGGUCCUGGUACUGGUGUAGCCCCCUUCCGUGGAUUUGUUAGAGAACGAGCAUUACAAAAGAAGGAAGGUAAGCCGGUGGGCCCUACUGUUCUUUUCUUUGGUUGUCGUCAUUCUGCACAAGAUUUCUUAUAUGCAGAUGAAUGGCCCGAAUUAUUUGAAACUCUAGGUGGACAAUCGCGUAUUAUCACAGCCUUUUCUCGUGAAACUUCACAGAAGAUAUAUGUUCAGCAUCGAUUAAUGGAGAAUGGACAAGAAAUGUGGGAUUUGUUACAAAAAGGAGCUUAUAUUUAUGUUUGUGGUGAUGCAAAGAAUAUGGCUCGCGAUGUUCAUCAAACUUUUGUCCAUUUUGCUCAACAGUUUGGUGAGUUCGAUGAAGACAAAGCUCAAGACUAUGUCAAGAACUUGAGAAACACAGGUCGUUAUCAAGAAGAUGUUUGGAGCUAA